UCAAGGCAUGUAUACAGUGGACCAUAUUUUUAAUGGGUUUUGAUUUUGCAAAAAAGGAAAUUAUUAGAAUGUGGCUUUAAUUAUGCAAGGUUGGAUAUGUUUGUUCACCGACAGGACUGUUUAUUUGUUAUGAGCACUCAACUUUCUGUUAAAGGAUCCAACUUCUAAAAAAAGAGGAAAUUUAUAAUUAAAUAGAUGAUUGCAGAUAAUAAUUAUGGUUAGUAUAAUAAGGCAAUACAUACAAUUCAGUUGAAUGCUCAACCUCAGCCCAAACAGGAUCUGGUUUGCAUUGUUGAACUCCAACUAGAUCUGAAUAAUUUUCCUUGUGUUUACCGGGGAAAUCCCUUUACUUAAGAAAAUGGAAACUCAUUCAAGACGCAGCUUGGAUAACAAAGACUCGAGUAUAGCAAAUGAAUACGAAGUGCGAGUGCGCUCACGACAUCACAACUAUAAUACUAUCUGUGAUUCGGACCUGAUGGAUAUUACCCAAGAACCCAGGGUCAGCAUAGGUGGCAAUCAACAAGUUCGCUUUCAUAUUGUGGAAGACAAUUCGAAAAGAAGCAAUCCUGACUAUAUUUGUUUGAUUUCAGACUCGAGUGAUAACCAGCUGCCGACAUGGAAAACAUACUUAUAUCAGUUACAGAAUGAAGCCCCGAAACCAAAGCUUCUGAAAUGUACCAAAGAUCAACCGAACAGACCCACCUACUAUGGAGACGAGUACCAUGGUUUGAUAUUACGAGAAGAGGCAGAAGACAUCUUAGCCCAGGGAGGGGACGGCAGUUAUCUAGUCAGACGAAGUGACCGCGCACCUCAGGCAUUCACACUUGCCAUCAGAUUCGAUAACCAGACCAAAAACUACAAGCUCUAUUACGAUGGGCUUCAUUAUGUCGGUGAGAAACGAUUCGAGACCGUGGAACAGUUAGUGGAAGAUGGACUCAUUCAUUUUUACAUAGAAUCACGGGCAGCGGACUACAUAGCCUCGUUGUCAGACACAUCUAAUUACGCCCAGUCCCCAUAUUUGGCAUACAGUGUGAAGAAAAAGCGUCUCCAGAAAUCAAGGAAGAAUGCAGCUCAUCAUCGAGUGGACGCUAGUCAGCUGGUGACUGGUCAACAAGAACUAGUCUCUUCCACAACAAAAAAAAAUAAACGAGAAUCAACGGCAAGACGGAAAUCCAGCAGUUCUAACAGCUUAAAAAUCAUUAUUACAGAUAAGGAUUUAGAUGAAGAAGAUGGAACGGACAUGGACGUGGAUGUCUCAAUAUUUGAGAAGCCCCAUGUGUUUAAAACCCAGAACUUUAUCGGGCUCCACUGGUGUGACUUCUGUGCCAACUUCAUGUGGGGGCUCAUUGCGCAGGGCUCCAAAUGUCAAGAUUGUGGUUUUGAAGCCCACAAGAAAUGCUCAGAGAGAGUGCCAAACGACUGUAUGCCAGACAUCAAGUUUGUCAAGUCGAUAUUCGGCGCGGACCUUACAACAGUCAUAAAGGCUCUGAAGACCCCGCUACCUUUGGUUGUGGAAAGAUGUGUGAAGGAAAUUGAAUCUCGAGGUAUGGAGGCAGAGGGCCUGUACCGUGUGGCCGGCCUGCAUGAUGACGUAGAAGAAAUCAGAAUGUCCUUUGAUAGAGACUGUGAGAAAGCGGACAUUACUUCGGGAAAGUAUGAAGACAUCAAUACAAUCACUAGUGUCCUCAAGCUGUACUUCCGGUUACUACCCAUACCUCUCAUUACCUUCGAAUCAUAUCGCAAAAUCAUCCAGGGCAUGAACCAGGAAAGUAAGAAGGAUAAAGUCACGUUUUUACGAGAAGGCUUGGCCAUGCUGCCACCGGCCCACUACCAAACACUCAAGUAUCUGGUGAAUCAUCUUGUCAGGGUAUCCGAGCAUAAAGCCAAGAAUAUGAUGACGACAGAUAAUCUUGCAAUUGUGUUUGCCCCGACUCUGAUGCGGAGUCCCGAUUCCGACCCCAUGUUGAACCUCAUGUCUGUUGGAGCAGAACAAAAGGCGGUCGAAAUGCUUCUUUCCUGUAACAAAGAGUUGUUCUUGAAAUGAGGCAUAUAUUUCUUGUAUUACGAAAUUACACUUGAAAUAAGGCAUAUAUUUCUUGUAUUACACUAUUAUUUUUUACAUAUGACAUGAUUGCAGAAUUUGUGGAUUCUUUAAUAAGGAAUAUGUUAUUGAAAUACGUCUGGAAUUGUGAAUGAAACAAUGCUUUAACAUUGUAAAAUUUAUUGAUUUUACAGAAUUGUUUUUGAAUUUAAACAUUAUUAUAUAUUGUGAAAUAAUUUGAAGGUGGUGUUUUUAAAAACAUGACAUUUAGUGUCCAUUGUACUUCAGUUUAUAUGACAAUGUUCUUGAAGUCUUCAGAAGACAUGUUUGUACCAAAUAAAAGGCAUUAUGGAAUGAAGGCAUCGUAAAAUUGACUGGUUAAAGACAUUGUAUGGAAAAUGAGGUACAUCGUAAAAUUGACUGGUUAAAGACAUUGUAUGGAAAAUGAGGUAUUCAGAAUGCGCAACAUCGUUGUAAAUAUCUAUCAGCUGUUUAAUACAGGUAAAUGCAUGCAAGUAUAUAACAUGUUCAAGUGCUAUAUUAUUACAUACAUAUAAUAAAUAUUGACCUCGCAUUUCAGUCACGUAGAAUAAGUUAAGAUCCACUCAUUAUUUCAUAAUACAGCUUAUAAUAAGCCAAGCCAAAUAUAAACUGUUAUCAAAGGGAAACAACUUGAGGUAUAUUCAUGUUGACAUUAAUUUUAUUAGGUUGUUUCCCCUGUAAAACAUCAACAGAUGUCUUUAAAUAAGACAUAUGUAUUUCAUAUGAUCAAUACCAUAGCCCUGAUUGGGGUCAUCCUUAUAUAGCAUUCAAGACUGCGUUAAAACCAAUGGAGAGUUUCACUUGUGAAAUGAUUUUCCUUUACAGGCAUGCAUAUGGGCAUGGAUUCAAUGUUAAAUUAAUAUGAUUUAGUGGCCUGCGACCUUUAUAAGAUUGACACUUUUAUUUUUCUCUUUUUUAACUUGAGUUUGUUAUUUUUUAAGGUAGUAGUUUUUUGAGGCAUUCAUCGAUUAUUUUCGCUUGUUUUACAUGCAAUCAGCCAUAACCUUUUCAGAUUUAUUUCUUAGAUAUGAAUUCUGAUUUUCAUGUCAUGUUUUGUUUGAAGUUGAGAUUACUGUUUGCAAUCAUUUUGUAUCAUUCAAGUUCUGUUGGUUUGUGAAAUCCUUAAAGAAAGGGCCAGUCUUUUUAACUGACAAUUUAUCCACUUGAAAUAGCAUUUUAGUAGUAGACAAUCACAUUAGAAAUGAAACAUCACAUGUACACUAAUAUUUAAUCACCUUUACCUCAUGCACAUUGGGCUGAUUGUACAGGAUUUGUGUAAGUUAACAAUGCUGUUAAUGUCCUCAUUGUUUCCAAUUAUUACUGCUGUAAAUGUUUAAUGAAUAAGCUUUUGAUCUGCUAUUUCCCUAACACGAUUUGAAGCAGCCAUUUCAGCUGUACUUGUUUAUUUUUAAAUAUGUGAGCACAUCACCAAAUGUUUCACAUUUAAAAGUUAACAAAAAUGUUAUUAAUCAUGUUGUUAACUUUAACAAAGUUUUGAGCAAUUGGCCCAUUGAAUAUCAAGAUAAUGAGAUUUUGCUUAAUUUAUAUAUUAAACAUGUAGCUUUUAUUAGACUUUAGUGCAACAAUUCGAUGUUUGGGCUUAGUUGUCUAUGAUAUGUAUGACUAUGGAUCAUGUUGACAAUUGAAGUUUGAUCAUUUCUUAAUGUGCAAAUGAAUGAUUAUAAUAGAAAGAUAUUCAAUUAAUGAUCAGCUUUGCACUAUAAAAAUGCAAAAUGGUACAAGUUUUACAUAGGGUUGACAUACAUGUAUAUAAUACUAGUGUUUGUCCCAGAUUUAAAAACAAAACAACAACCAGUUUUCUCUAAGAUGUUUUUUUUAGCUGGUCUGUUUCAGAAAAACAACAAAGUUUAGGUUUUGUGAUAGUCGUGAUGGUGUUGGCAUAGUACACACACUUCAACCUUGGCCAUAACUCUAAACACAUAAAGAUAUUCAAAUGAAACUCAGUAAACAUGUAGCCACAGACAAUACACAUAUUUACAGCAAGACCCAUUACUCUGGCUUUUAAUUUUGAAGGGUAAUGUCCCUUGUUAGACUAAAACUCAACAGACAAGCGUUAGCCUUCAAUCUGCUUUACAAAUAUAUGUCCAAUGGAGAUCAGUUGGUCAUACUUUACCUUUUGAGGAAGUUGGAACAUAAAGGUCAACAACUUAAUUUGAUUAUAUUACAAACACUCUCAGUUAAUAGUAUAGAAGAGGUACAUAGUAUUAUAAUUUUGUUAUAGAUAAUAACGAAAUGAUUUACACUAGGCUUUAAGUGCUGUAACUUAAAAAAAGCGUGAAACAUACAUGUAAUCUGAUGUACUACCAAUACUAUAACAAGCAGAAAAAAGGACAUGUGGCACGGUAAAACUGACCAGUUCUCACACAAUUCCAGAAAUAGCAACAUAAAAGGAAGUAUAAAAUUCUAAAAAUUAUCCCACGAUAUGAGGAAAAUCCCCAAUUUAUCAUAGUGGCAUUGAUACUGAAACUUACUGUGGGUAAUAUGCUAGAGUAGAAAAUAAACUGGGGGUAUAUGGUGAGAAAAAUAGGGUUAAAACUCUUCAUACAACCCUUAAUACUCAUCAAAAAAACUGCUAGUGCUUAAGUUGGCCUUGAAAGAACUUUGAAAACAAAUCUCAGGCACUCAAUACAAUCUAUAUAAUAGCAAUAAUUUGUUUUAUUCUAGGGAGAAUUACUGCACUCUUUCAUUUGAAACAUUGGAUAUAUUUAAUAAUUUAUCUAAGAGCAUCUGAUAAUAAUUUAGAAACAUUAUCAUCAUGCAAUUUCAUUUUUCCGCUAGAACAUACUUGUGUUACAUUUUACUUGUGCCAAUUCUACCUUCCUUUGUUUUGCAAGGAAAUGUAUUUGUUUGUAUCCCAGUUCAUUUUGUACUGAAAUCAUUGUUAUAGGUGCAAUAAUUUAGUGUAUUUUUCACAUCUUACUAUGUCAUGUUUUGUUUCUGUGUUCCUGUUUCUUAAGUUAUUCCAUGCAUUUGUUUUGUUGAAAGCACAUAUAAAUAUCUGGUUCACCAUUUUUUUUUUAUUCAUAGCAAAAAAUCUAAGUUAAUUUAACAAAUGCUUCAUAAUUUUUUUAUCAUUAAUCAAAUUAAAACGUUCUUCAGAUCAGAUUUACGAAAUUGAUCAGAAAUUCACUUUUGCUGUUACUGAACAACAAUGGUUUUGGAGUUGUCAAUGCACCUGUAACUAAACAACAAUGGUUUUGGUGUUGUCAAUGCAGCUGUAACUAAACAACAAUGGUUUUGGAGUUGUCAAUGCAGCUGUAACUAAACAACAAUGGUUUUGGUGUUGUCAAUGCAGCUGUAGUUAAACAACAAUGGUUUUGGAGUUGUCAAUGCAGCUGUAACUAAACAACAAUGGUUUUGGUGUUGUCAAUGCAGCUGUAGUUAAACAACAAUGGUUUUGGAGUUGUCAAUGCAGCUGUAACUAAACAACAAUGGUUUUGGAGUUGUCAAUGCAGCUGUAACUAAACAACAAUGGUUUUGGUGUUUUCAAUGCAGCUGUGACUAACCAACAAUGAUUUUGGUGUUGUGAAUGCACCUGUAACUAAACAACAAUGGUUUAGUUGUCAAUGCAGCUGUAACUUAACAACAAUGGUUUUGGUGUUGUCAAUGCAGCUGUAACUAAACAACAAUGGUUUUGGUGUUGUAAAUGCAGCUGUAACUAAACAACAAUGGUUUUGGUGUUGUAAAUGCAGCUGUGACUAAACAACAAUGGUUUUGGUGUUGUCAAUGCCGCUGUAACUAAACAACAAUGGUUUUGAUGUUGUCAAUGCCGCUGUAACUAAACAACAAUGGUUUAGUUGUCAAUGCACCUCUAACUAAACAACAAUGGUUUUGGUGUUGUCAAUGCAGCUGUAACUAAACAACAAUGGUUUUGGUGUUGUCAAUGCUAUACCAAUACCAGUUGCAUAUCAUAGUCUAGUCUUGUUGUUGUAGCUUCCCUUUUUGUUUACACAUUUUUGUUGUUGAUUCCUUGCUGUUUUCAGUUAUUUCCACAUUGUUUCUGUUUCAUUAUCGUUUUUCUUCUUCGUUACAAUUGUGUACAUGUUUGUAUUUUGAUUAACUAAAUUUUCUAGAAUAUAACACGUCACCUUCGUGCAAUAACUCAAUAAUUGCAUAUAGAAAUAGAAGCAAAUAUUUAGUUCUUGCACUAGGGUGAUGAACUGAUUCAGGCCGGAAAGCAAAUUUCAUUUGAAAGUUCUUCUUACUAUUCUAAAUGCAAAUUGUUCAGCAAAAAAAUUACAGCUUUUAUGAUAAACUAAAUUUGAAAGCUUUCAACUUUGAUUUCAGUAUUAGGGUAGUCAUGGAACUGUUUCAUCGCUGAUAUUUCAAAGCACUGUUCAUAAUGUUUCCAAAAUUUUAAGCAGUGUAGCCCAGUUUAAUUUAAGUCAAGUGCAUUUGAGGACUGUCCAGAAAUUGUUUAAUAGUUAAAGAAAAACACUACUCCAGCUUACUUUUCAUAUGGCCGCUUUUUGAUAAAGAUGGCCCCCAUAAUCCAUAGCAUUGAUUGAUGGAGCUUAAAAAAUCUAAUACAUAUAUACAUGUCUAUUUUGUAGUGUACAAUACUCACACUGAUUGUGUCUGGUUUUGCUAUUUCAUGUAAAUGCUUAAGUUAAACAGAUAGUUGCUUUCUGCUAAAGUUUUUUUUUUUCCCCAGGUUUUGUCAUAACUAUUUAGAUUUAUUUUUAAUGUGCAUUCAAUAUGAACUGUGCACUGAUAGAGUUAGAAAACAUAACUGUUAAUGUCAACUUACCGUAAAUGUCGUAUUAAGUGUGCAUGACCUUAUAGGAGGGAGGGGGGGGGUUGGUGUCAGUAUAUGCUGUAUUAUUGAUCACCUGCUCAGGCUGCUGACUUGUUUUAUGUGCCAUUUAAAAGUUUCCUGAAUGUGGAUAAAUGGUUCUUACUAGGAUUCUCAAAAAGGAACUCGCUCAGCACAAAUAAUAGAACAUUUACGGUAUUUAUUUUUAAACAAGCUGCAUUCCAUUUAGUUUAAAAAACGAUUGUAGAGAAAAGCUCUUCAGAGAAAAUUUGCUAAUUGUUGAUAAUUCCAGAAUUUCUAUAUAUUUGUACUGCUCCAAACUGCUAGUUUGCUUGUGUUGUAUGCCACAAAUUAUCAAAAAGCAUUAUUUUUUAUCGAAAAUCCCAAAAUCAUAAUUAAAUUCAUACCACAUUUUUGAUCAGGUGUAUAUGUAUAUAAAUUCCUUGUACAGUUUUCAUAUGUUAUAUACAUUACAACAGUAUUUUAAAAUGUACUUGUAUGUUGUACCUGGUAUUUGAUAACAAUAAAUCUGUUUUUGAUAAAACA